UUUGUGCGUAAGAGGAUAGCGCUUCCAGGCCCCGGUUUUCGGCGUUUUUUAAUUAUUUAUUUCCGUGUAAACUGCAGUAUUGAUAUAAAAACAUUGAUGGUCGAUAAUUUAGCCCUGCGUUGAGGGCCCCGGGGAACUGCACAGGAUUAUAAAGUCAUCUCAAACCUCAGUUUAUUAUCAGAGACAUGGCUCGACCACGACCGCGGGAAUACAAGGCAGGAGAUUUGGUUUUCGCUAAGAUGAAGGGAUACCCGCACUGGCCGGCGAGGAUUGAUGAGCUUCCAGAGGGAGCUGUUAAACCACCUGCCAACAAGUACCCCAUCUUCUUCUUUGGGACCCAUGAAACUGCAUUCUUGGGCCCCAAGGAUCUUCUGCCCUACAAGGAGUAUAAAGACAAAUUUGGCAAGUCCAACAAGAGGAAAGGCUUCAAUGAGGGUCUAUGGGAGAUUGAGAACAACCCCCGAGUCAAGUUCACAGGCUAUCAGACCAUCCAGCAACAGAGUUCAUCAGAAACAGAAGAGGGGGGAAACACUGCUGAUGGCAGCAGUGAAGGCGAGGAGGGUGACUCUGUUGAGGAGGAAGAUGACAAGGAAAAGAUGAAGGGAGACAAGACUGGAUCCAAACGGAAAAAGACUACGACCUCAAAGAAAUCCUCCAAGCUGUCAAGGAUCUCAUCUGGAGAGGAUGACCUGGAGAAGGAUGGGAAAGAUGAUGACCAGAAGAGCGGCUCAGAGGGAGGAGACCCUGACAACGACAUCAUCCAAAAUACCACUGACAGUAAGAACCAGCUGCUCAUAGAAGAACAUUAAGUGAAGAAAGCAUGAAAGUGAGAUCAUUCUUUGUAGCUGUGAUGUUGGAAGGGUGAAUCCACAACAUGAUUUCUCAUCAGCACCAUCUACUGGCUGCCAUCUUCACCUCCUCUUCUCUGUUGAAGUAUGUGUUUGUAGGGAAGAUGCACCCAUACUGAUACUGGUAACAGUCAUCGUGUGGAUAGCAGGGUAGAACUGGGCAUUAUGUCUUGCAGUUUUUUCAGCACUUCAACAUGUCAGAAUUCAAAGCAAAGCCUCUGUAAUAUUGAACUCUCUAAAACAGACAGAUUAAGAUUUUUAAUCAGUUUUAUCCAGUGACUCUGAAUGCAUGUUUAUAUUGUUAAAUAGACAUAAAAUAUAGGAUAUUUAAAGGGGCAUUAAGUACUUGAAGACUUUUAUCAUGCUCCCAGCAACCAUUAGGAGCUGUGAUAACUUUAACUGUGUUUACAUAUAGUCUUUUUUCUACCAGGGUCAUAUUAAUAGCCCUGUCAAAAUAAAAAAAAAUUUAAAUUGUAAGGUAUACCCCUUUCAGAACCUGAUAAGUUAUGUUUAUUUGUUAAGCAAUCAGUGGGUGGUGUAGGUGGCUCCAUCUCUCCUUUUCUUUCUCCCUUUUAAAUGCAAUAAUAGAGCUAAAUAUGUUGCUUCACUAGAAAACUUACAAGUAAAAUAUCCAUCUUUUUCAAAGGUUACACUCACCCAAAAGUACACUAAAAUAUUUUUAAACCAUGACAAAAAUAAUCCUAACUCAAGGUCUAGCUCUUUCAGUACCUGUCAACUGCUUCUCAGUUUUCAUCCAUCAAAUGAGCUGCUGACUCAGAUGUCACAUAGGAAUGUACUGAUAAGAAUCAACGAUAAUUUAAUUCAGAAGGAAAAAAUAUACAUCCCUUCAGCCAUCUGCAAAGUCACAAUUAGACAAUAAAGAGAGCUAAGAUAGUAAAAGCUAAGGUCCAGUGAAGAUGUAAUACUUCAGCAUGCUACUACCAUAAAUGUGUUUUGGCUUGAGAAUGAGGCUGUUUGGUAGCAGAAAUGUAUUUUUUACUGAUGAAAAGCAGAGUAUACCAGUCAAUAUUGAGCUCCUAGAGAAACAUCCAUAAUUUAUGCAAUGGCCACUGUAACUGGAGUGAGAAUUUUUUUUAUGUAAUUUUGGAUUUAUAUAAAAAUAAGAGUUUCACAUAGGCCCAUCAAGAGUUAAUCUUUGCAAAACAAUGUUUGGCAAGUUUUAAAGGAUGAAUGAGAAUGUCUAAAAAAUUGGAUGCUAGGCUAACCUGUGUAAAAAAAUAAAUAAAAUGAUUUUUUUCCAAAGACAGUAACACAGCUUCUUUAGGUUUAGGCCAAUACUAUGUUAUAAAAGCAGCAGAGUACAUGAAUGUAAUGGCUUUAAGUUGAUAACAUGAAGACUUUGUGGCAAUGCAGUUAAAUUUCUAAGACAGUAAUUAUCGACUGACUAUUUUAAGGCCAAUAAAAGUUCCAAAAUUCACAAACAGGAUGUGAAAUGGUUGGCUUUAUCUCUACUUUUAUCUAGUCUUCAUCACACACCUGUUUCAGAAAUUUUAGCCUAAUUGCUUUCUACUAAUCUAAUCACUUUUUCAGCUUAAAGGUCACUGGUAUUUAACCACAAGUCUGUCACUCCCUACAUUUUUAUGUGCUAUGGAACAGUAAAAAAGAUCACUUACUGCCGCCUUGAUUAUUGUUGAAUAGUGACUUAUAUGUGCUCAGAAGGUCAGUCUUACAGUAGUUUGUGAAAUUUGUGUUACAUUAAACAUACAGUAUUGGUGCAUCUCUACUCAGUAUGUGACAUGAUAUAAUACCAUCAUGACACUCAUGUUCUUCCCAGUACUUAUAAUCACACAGUGUAGAUCAUCAAACAGUAUUUAUAUUGGCCCCUGCAUACCUAUCUGUAUUGUAUCACUCAUGGUCACCUCUCACUGUGUACAAAUGCAUUUGA